UGUUGACAGGUGCUACGUUACUAGUGUAUUUAUUGGAGCUAUUUUAAGAAGAAAAUCACGUCAUAGACGCAUGCGCUGUAAGUUUUUCCGGUUAAAUUGGAUUAACUGAACACCCCGGAAAUUAGUAUUAUAUUUCCACCAUGCAGACAAUCAAGUGUGUGGUUGUGGGAGACGGUGCUGUAGGAAAGACAUGUUUAUUAAUAUCAUAUACAACUAAUAAAUUCCCUUCAGAAUAUGUACCAACAGUAUUUGAUAAUUAUGCAGUAACUGUUAUGAUAGGUGGAGAGCCCUAUACUUUAGGUUUAUUUGAUACAGCCGGACAAGAAGAUUACGACAGAUUACGUCCAUUGAGUUAUCCACAAACAGAUGUCUUCCUUGUUUGUUUCUCUGUAGUUUCACCAGCAUCAUUUGAAAAUGUGAAAGAAAAGUGGGUACCAGAAAUAACUCAUCAUUGUCAAAAGACACCAUUUUUACUAGUUGGCACACAGGUAGAUUUGAGAGAUGAUGCAACCACAAUAGAGAAAUUAGCCAAAAAUAAACAAAAACCAAUCACAAGUGAACAAGGAGAGAAACUUGCAAGAGAACUGAGGGCAGUAAAAUAUGUAGAAUGUUCAGCAUUGACACAGAAAGGAUUAAAGAAUGUAUUUGAUGAAGCCAUCCUAGCAGCCUUAGAACCCCCAGAACCACCAAAAAAGAAGAAAUGUGUCUUAUUGUAAAACUUUGCCAAUUCUAGAACAUUUUUGUAACAAGUUUUUACUAUACAAAAACAGUGCUCUUCAAAAGCCAUCACACAUGGCUUUGUAACAUAAAUGUAUUGACUUAUUUAUUUGAAGUAAAAUUGUUAAAUUUUACCAUGUUUACCAUAACAGAUGAAAAUUGUAGUUGUAAGAAAGCCAACAUUUAGUAUGAUUUUAUUAAUGUUACUCUGCUGUUUUGAAGCUGUAUUUUUUUUGUGUAGAUUUCAUUUAUUUACAAGGAUUGGAAUUUAUGAAGUUUUAUUUUUAGCACUCAAACUGAUCAUUGAUUAAAUUAAUUUGUCAAAGUAUAAAUAUAUAAAAAUCAUUAAAUUUCUAUCUUAUUAUGAAUAUUAAACACAUCAUAGAAUCUCUAAGUUGAUUUCAAAAUGAUUAGACAAAGUAUUAUGUUCCUUCAAAUUAGGAAACUUUUGGUGCCUUUCAUCUUGAAGUUUCAAUUAGCUACCGAUGUUGCUUUAGCUCUUCAAGAAUAAGGGUUAGUUACAAAGCAAUAGAAUUGUAACAACUAGCUGAUAGAAAACACCCAUGGACCAUCUUUUUAAACAAGAAGUGAAGUUAGUAGAGUAACAAAGAUUUGAUAAUAUUUAUUUCUGUAAAUAAUAUAAAUAUAUAAUUCUAGAAACCUGUUGCUCUGGGAAGUAUUUCAUACAAUGUAUUAUAACUGUUACAAAAUUGUCAUUUUCUACGGAACACAUAGUGUUUCCUUCUCUUUUAUGAAUUGUACACGCAAUUAUAAAUAUUUUGGCUUUUCUGUUGUAAACUUAUUAAAAAUUGCAGAGAAUGCACUUUUAUAGCAAAAAUCAUAAAUCUGUCGAUGAUUUGCAACUCUUUAUAUCAAUUGUUUGAAACAAAAGCAACUGAUUUCGACCACCUUGCCUAUAAAUUAGCUUUUAGAGUCUAAGGCCAUGUCUUAUAUUUGUUUGUCCUCAUCACUUCAUCUCUUUUAUGGGUAAUUACAUUUAUAGCCAAUCGUAUAAUUUUAUAAGCCUAAAAAAAAUCUUUUUAAAAAACAAACAAAACUUUAAAAAAACAAAAUAAAUAUUAUGGAAUUCAGAUUGCUUGAAAUAUUUCAGAUAAUGAGAAAAGCAAGAAAAUAUUUUAUUAUUUUGGACUCGUUUAAAAUCAAUAACUAGGUCACACUGACCUGUAUAUUCUGGACAUUCAGGUCUACGAAUAAAUGUAUCCAUUAUUUUGUGUUUGGAUGUUCUCUUCAUGUUGUGAAUGUGACGCUUUGUGAUGUCAAAUUGUACAUAUAUAGUCACUGUAUAUAGCUGUUUUUUCUCUGGUCAUUUAUUUGUUCAUAAAAUGCAUUUAUAUGAAGCUUAUAAUGUAGAAUUAGAUUUGUUUUAUAAAAAAAAAGUAUAAAUAAUCUGGUAAUUAAACGAUUAUAAGAUGGGUUUAGACCAAUCUAAUUAAGGUUAAACCUCUACCCUUGCUCUUUUUUAUGCUUGGUUGCUGCGUAGGAGCAUAAAAAAUGAGCGCGUGCAGGGAAUUUAAUUUUAAUUAGAUUGACUUAGGACCGCCUCUUAAUCAUAAUAAUGGAUCAUAUAAGGGAUUUUUUAUUGUAUUAAUCUUAUUUGCAAAGUGAGAGAGAGAGACUUGCCUUAUAUAUUUCUUUAUAGUAGAACAAUGUUUAAUAUCAGCCUAUUGCAUUCAGUAAGUAAAGUUCCAUAAAAGUAGCGCUAUACUUUUUUUAAAUCAAUGUGCCAAGUAUUUGUUGUGUAUUUUACCAUGCAUGUUGGUAAAUCUAUAACCAAAAUAUAUAUCAAUAUAUAAAUAAGGUACAAUCAACCCUUGAUUCCUGUUUUAAUGUCAAACAACACUAGUCACUAAAUUUGUACUUGCCCUGAGAAGCAUGGAAGGUGUUGCAUGCAGAUCACAAAUCUUUUAUCUUUCUGGAAAACUUGAAAUUGUCCCUGGUUUAUGUGGGUUUCUUGCUGAGAUUGUCCCUGGUUUAUGUGGGUUUCUUGCUGCUCAGUCUUUAGCUUUCUAUGUUGUGUUUAUUAAACUUGUUUGUCUUUUGUUUUUGUUGUAAAAAAUUCAACCAUCAAUUAAAUGUGUUUACUUGGAAUAUAUCUUCAUGGUUUUGACGAUUGUCUAUGCUUAAUGUAUCAGUGAGAGUUUAUUGUUGUUUGGUUUUUUUCUUCCUUAUUUUCUUACGUGUUUUAUUCUGUGGUUCAAAUCAGGGUUGUGAAACAAAAUUUGAAUGCACUUAUCAAACUUUUUGUCUGAAAUGCUUUCAGCUUGGUCAAUCAUGUGAUAAAACCUAGAAACUACAAAUAAGAUUAUGUGUAGUUGUUGAAGAAUUAGAUGCAACAUUUAAAAAAUUGUUUCGGUAUUGAAGUAAAAAUUAAGAUAAUUAUUUGUGUUAGACUUCAAGAGUUGAUUGUAUCUUUUAUGAUUCAUGUAUUUUACCAAUAAAACCAAUCUUGAUAUUAUAGAAGGAACACUAUAAGUAAUUGCAGUUAUUCCAGUAAAAGUAUAUAAUUGAAAUAAGAAUGUCUUAAUUCAUUGUGUUGACAAAUAACACUUUCAAAUUUUGGUUUAUAUUAUCACCAGCCUUUUUAUUUAUCAUAUUCGAUUUAUUUUUCGUACCUGUGAGUUUGGUUAUACAGAAACAAACAAAGUUAUAUUUUAAAAAUAUUCAUUGUCUACAUUGCAUGAAUAGAAAAAUUAUAAAAGGACAUGCUUAAAUGUCUAGAAAUAAUAAAAAAAAAAAAUUACUCAUAUUUAGCAGAAAUAUAUUUUUUUAUUUGCUAAGAAUAUAGAAAUGUAACAUCUACAUGACCUAGCUGUAAAUACAAUUAUAGUCUUGGAGUUUUUUUAUGUCGGAUUUUACAUUUUUAAGGAGCUUUUUGUAUUUUGCCAAGUAUAUCAUGUAAAAUAAGAUUAUUUAGACUGGGGUAAGUUGACCACUGAAAGUGAAUAAUAUUACUAGCAUUUUAAAUGUUUUGUUCACUGUACUUUUAUUUAUAUAAUGAAAGAAACAAAUAAACCUUAUUUCAUAUAAAAAAUAAAAUACCUCAAAUUAUUUUUUAAAAAAUAUUGUAAAAUCAGUAAAUGAUACAUUUGCAUAGGUAUACAGGAUGGCAAACCCUCAUAAAUAAGGGAGCUAACUUGGCUAAAGAGUCUAUGACCUCCUGCAUAAUCUUUUCCCCCCUAAUAAUAUCAAUGAAAUGUUUUAAAAGAAACUAGAAAUAUGGCCAUUGUGUACGAUUACUUAAAAUAUGUGAAAUAAUACAGUAACUCUUUCAGUGGGCCGAGAAAAGAACAGUGAAACGAGCUGAAAUAUAAUAUAAUAGUUAAAAUUCAAUGAUAUUUUUAAACAUUUUCUAUUAAAACCGAAAUUUUAUAUGGAAAUGUCCAUUAAUUAAAAAUAAUGUUUUUUUUUAAAACUAUAAAUCAUAAUAGCAUCUAUGCAAGGUCCAAAACUUUUAAACAUUAUUUGGGGCCAAUUUUUGUCAUUUUAACUAUAUACUCUAGGGAAAGCUCUACUUCUGCUCAAAUAAAACGUAAACUGUGUUGGAUUUUUUUAAUUCUUCACAUUGCUUUGAUUAAGAAAUAAGAAGAGAUAGUGUUAUGGUAAACACAAUAAAUUACCUAAUAGUACUUUUAGAUGCUUCUUAGUUAAAUAUAGUUUGCUCUUGGUCAAUUCAUAAUGCUGUAUAAAUUUUCUGAUAUUAUAUUGUAGGAAAGCUCUUGUAACAUAUUUCUCCUUUUAACUGCAAUUAUCUCCAUUUAUUCUUGUAUAAUCUUCAUUCAGAUGACUUAUUUGAAAUAAAUAAUUUAUACACA